AUGCCAGAUCUUCUAUCAUACAGACUGGAUCGACUGUUCGUCCUCUUGGACACCGGACAGUCUACCAUGACCCGGAAAGCGGCCGCCAAACAGCUUGGCGAGCUCCAGAGAGUGCAUCCUCACAAACUCAACUAUCUCCUGAACAAGGUCCACAAAUAUUUGCGGAGUGCGAACUGGGAUACGCGAAUCGCCGCCGCCGCUGCCGUGACUGCCAUCAUGGAGAACGUAGAGCCUUGGAGACCUGACGCGUCCGUGAAAAGAGAAUCCGAGGUCAAGUCGGAACUUUGGAAGAAUGAGCCUCGCUUGUCACUGGAUAAAUUCGAUAUCGAGCUGAUCCUUCGGAAUGGCAAACCCUUGGUCGGCUCAGAAGGCAAACAGUUCGAGAAGAGUUCGGACGGUCCGGAGGCGAAUGGUGCGAAUUCCGCAGAUCUUGUCAGGCAGCGCAAAGCUCUCACAAAGAGAUUAGGACUCGACGUUUGCGAGAAAUUGGGUAUGCCGUCGAAAAACUUGUUCAACGACACAGAUCUUCAGACAGAACCUAUGGAAACGGAAACUCCUGAUCAAGAGCUCAAACAGGACAUAAAUGUCUUAGUUCGGACCCUCUUGGGGAGCUCGGCAUCCGCCGAAACGGGUCCAAAGCCGCGGAAAAUUUUGAAGCGGGAGGCAUCGUCUGAGGAGUCGAGCAGCUCUUCGACAUCUACGUCGACUGAAAAGUGGGACGAGUGGCCUCUGAGCUCCUUCUGCGAGAUGCUCAAAGAAGACCUGUUCAGUUCUGUUUGGGAGCACCGACAUGGCGCUGCGACCGCUCUGCGGGAAAUCGUCAAAUUGCACGGAUCUGGUGCCGGAAUCUGUAGAGGGAUGACACAGUAUGAAAUGACGCAAUCCAAUCAGCAAUAUCUCGAGGACUUGGCUAUUCGGCUUGUAUGCGUGCUCGCUCUGGAUAAGUUCGGAGAUUAUCUCUCAGACCAGGUUGUGGCGCCGGUCCGCGAAACGAGUGCGCAGACUCUGAGUUUCUGUCUAAGCGUGAUGGAUGCUAAACAGGUCGAUGCGUUGCUCGGAGUCCUUUUGAAAAUGGCUCAGACCAAAGAUCAAUGGGAGGCCAGGCACGGUGGAUUAUUGGGCAUAAAAUACCUUCUAGCGAUCAGCGGCGGUCGCAGCAUCGAGAGGAGCAAAUGGUUGCCGCUUGUGUUCCAGCCUCUGUUCGACAGUCUUCGAGACCAUAAUGACGACAUUUCCGCGGUGGCUGCGGGAGCCUUCCUUCCGAUCAUUUCGGACCUCCCGAGAAUUUUGCCACAACACAUGGUGCCUCUGUCGGAUCGGUUGUGGAUGUGCCUAAAAGAUAUGGACGAGCUCUCCUCAUCCACGCAAUCGAUUCUCAGUCUUUUAUCUCAAGUAUUACCGCAUACGUGUUCGACGAUGAAGGUCUCGCUCGAGAACAUUCAGUUGCUGUGGCCGUUCUUGGAGCAUCAUUCGCGCAGUGUCCGAGUUUCGGUCUUGAACUCCCUGCGGACGAUAGCAUCCACCGAAGGAGAACAGAGUGCUCUUCUCACCGAUCAGAUGUCGACAGCGCUGCGGACGCUCUUCCAACGGGCGCUCAUCGAAACGGAGCCGGCAGUGGUCAAAGCUGUCGGAGAGGUUUGGGAAGCUAUGUUGCAAGCAUCGGAACUUGGCCAGUUGCUUUUCGCUGCAUGUCCUCUCCUCAGCGGGUGGUUGUGCCUGGCGAUGCAUCCGGCCAAGCUGUCGAUCGAUCCCACGCUGAUGCCUGUAUGGCUGGAGAGCAAGAACUCCGUCGGGAAGAGGGCAGAGAUCUACAUCGCCGGCAAGGAGUCGCUCGCCGAAUCGGCGAAAAUCCGUCAACGUCUCGUACUCCAAGCCCGGAUUACAGUUUGUCAGAUGCUAGGGACUCUAUCGUGUUUCGUGACGAAACCAGCGCCGGCAACUGAAUACACGGAAUCACCCUUGGAUUGUUAUUCGAGGCUUCUCAUCUUCCACCUCUCUACGAAGAGCGCCCUCCAACGGACGGUAUCAGCGUUAGUCUUAAGAGAGUGGAUCAUUCGGAAAAAUGGGUACGUCUUCGUUCUAAUCCUCAGCUUCCCCAGCAAUACCAUGGAGGAGUGUCCCGUAGCUGUCUCCGAUUGUGUUCUCCAAUGCCUUCAAGAGCCAGUUCUCUACGAUGAGAUAGCGUCCGUUUUCACACGGCUGCAGCACGAUUGUCGGGAUCUCUUGGCUUUGAUGCGACAUUAUGAUCUACCGUUCGCGGAGAAUGAGUUCUCCAACCUCCCGGUAUUCACAGCAGAUCAAGCGAGCAAUCUGGCAGCGAAGGUUCUCCCGGACUUGAUAUCGAAAUCAAAACUCAAAGCGAAGGCCCUAGAAAGCAUCGAGGAGAAACGGAAGCUCGUUUUGAGCUCAACGAAACAGACCAUCUCGGAUCAGCAGAACCUCGGGACCAUGACCCUCGGAGCUCUCGCUGCUCUUCUUGUCUGCCUGCCCGACAGACUCCCAGUGAAACUGAACCCGGUAAUCAGACCUCUGAUGGAAUCACUCAAACGAGAAGUCCACGCACCUCUGCAGGAGCUAUCGGCGAAGUCUCUCGCGUCUUUGCUGCGGCAUGCGCUAAGCAGGGAGCCGUGCCCAGUACCGAAAGUUCUGAAGAACCUAAUAAAUUACGCUUGUUGUGACCCCGACGAAACACCUGUCAUUGGAGAAGGCUCCGACGUCAUCGAUGGAAUACUCACGCUACACAAAAUGAACAAGACGGCCGAACAGUCUCUGAACAAGCGACCACACUUCCGGCGAGGCCAGAGCGUUUCUACCCCGCCACCGACGACCCCGUCAACACCUUCGGCUCCCGAGGUGAGAUGGGCAGAGAGUCAGAAUCCCGAGCAUCACCCGAAAACAGGGACCCUCUUGACCCCUCCGGUGCCCCAAGAUGAAGACUCACGGAAACAGAAGCUCGCGCUCGAGACGCAACGACGCGGAGCUCAAUUCGCUCUCACGGAGAUCGCGAAGACUUUUGGACCGAACCUUUUCGACGAGUUGCCCUACCUUUGGGAGUCGAUCAUCAAGCCGAUCGAUCAAUGGGCUGUCGAGAACGUUCCGGAGAAUGCAGAGCAAGCCAAAUCCAUUAUUGAAGCUCUGCAGACGCUCGAGAUAAUCUGUCCUGCCCUGAGUGGCGACUUGAGGGAGAAAGUGCAGGAUCUCCUUCCGCGACUCGACAAGUGUAGUCAAUAUUCCUUGGCUGCGGUGCGUCAUAUGGCCGCCCGAUGCGUGGCCAGUCUCGCCGAUGCCAAUCCAACACCAACGAUGAUUCAUCUGACGAAGAACGCGCUGCAGAAAUUGGGUGCUACCCAGAAUGACACCUUGCGACAGGGAGCACUCGAGACGAUAUUCUGCGUAGUCGAACGCUUGCGAGAGCGCAUCGUACCCUUCAUUUCGUUCUUCAUAGUGCCGAUCCUCUCCGCGAUGGCAGACCAGAAUAACGAUGUACGAUUGCUCGCGACCCAGUGUUUCGCGAAUCUGGUGCCCCUAAUGCCCCUCGAUACGGGCACAGGUCUGAACGCGAUUGGAGACGAACAGCUCCGAGCGCAAGCAGAUCAACAGCGACUUUUCAUCGACCAGCUGCUGGACGCAAAGCAUGCACAAGACUAUAAAGUCUCCACCGCUGUGAAAGCUGAACUCAGAUCGUAUCAACAAACGGGAAUAAAUUGGUUGGCUUUCUUGAAUCAAUACAAUCUCCAUGGAAUCCUCUGUGACGACAUGGGUCUCGGAAAGACCCUCCAGUCGAUUUGUCUCCUUGCUUCGGAUCAUCAGAGACGUCAGGAAGACUUUCUCAAGUCGAAGAGUGUCGACUGUGCCCCCAUGCCGUCGAUCGUCGUCUGUCCGCCAACCUUGACAGGCCACUGGGUUUACGAAAUCAAGAAAUUCGUUCAGCUCAAACAUCUAGAUCCUCUGCAUUACACGGGUCCACCGUUUGAACGUCAGAGACUACAAACAUUGUACACCAAAAGACAUCACAACAAGAGUCACAACGUGAUCCUAAUCGCCUCCUACGAUCUCGUGCGGAACGACAUCGAUUUCUUCAGCGGAAUCCGAUGGAACUACGCGAUUCUGGACGAGGGACAUGUCAUCAAAAACAACAAAACUAAACUCUCGAGAGCCAUUAAGAAAUUGAAUGCGAAGCACAGACUCAUCCUGUCAGGGACGCCGAUCCAAAAUAAUGUGACAGAAUUGUGGAAUUUAUUCGAUUUCCUCAUGCCGGGCUUCCUGGGUUCGGAGAAGUUUUUCACGGCUCGCUACGCGAAACCGAUCCUGGCUUCACGCGAGGGCAAAGCAAGUCCUAAGGAACAGGAACAGGGUGUUCUCGCCAUGGAAGCGCUGCAUAAGCAAGUCCUCCCGUUCGUCCUUCGGAGGACCAAAGAAGAGGUGCUCUCCGAUCUACCACCGAAAAUAAUUCAAGACUAUUAUUGUGAACUGAGUCCACUGCAGCUGCGACUUUACGAAGACUUCUCCAAGUCGAAAGCGAACACCGAGGUUGUCGAGGCUCUCCAAAAGCAGACUGGAACCGAAAACCGGAAUCAACAUGUUUUCCAAGCACUUCACUACCUUCGGAAGGUCUGCAAUCAUCCGAAACUAGCGCUGUCGCCGUCUCAUCCGGAAUACAGCGCCAUUCUGAAGCAACUCCAAGAAGACAAAGUUUCUCUGAACGAUAUUUCGGUUUCUUCGAAACUUUUGGCCCUGAGACAGCUCCUCCAGGACUGUGGAAUAGGAACCACCGAAGAAACGAUUGUGAAUACUCAUCGCUGCCUCGUAUUCUUCCAACUGAAGUCCAUGCUCGAUCUCGUCGAGAACGACCUUCUCAAGAAAAACAUGCCUUCGGUAUCUUACCUCCGACUCGAUGGAUCAGUUCCUGCUGGAGAUCGUCAAUCCCUAGUGCAAAAGUUCAACAACGAUCCCUCCAUCGACCUUCUGCUUCUGACUACACAGGUCGGUGGCUUGGGCAUCAACUUGACUGGAGCCGACACGGUGAUCUUCGUUGAGCACGACUGGAACCCCAUGAAAGACCUGCAGGCCAUGGAUCGCGCUCACCGUAUCGGUCAGAAGAAGGUCGUGAAUGUGUACCGGCUCAUCACGAGAAAUACACUCGAAGAGAAAAUAAUGGGUCUCCAGAGAUUCAAGAUGUCCAUCGCAAACACUGUGAUCAAUAACGAGAACAGCAGCCUCCAGAGCAUGGGCACCGACAAACUGAUCGAUCUCUUCUCUGUGAGCAAUGAGCAGCAGCCGUCGAGCAACGACCGUCCCAGCGGAGGCUCCGUGAAAUGCUUGUUGGAGAACCUGCCCGAUUUGUGGGAUCCGAGUCAAUACGAGUCGGAGUACGACUUGACAUCAUUCAUGAAGAAUCUUGUAAAGCAGUAGCGGGCGAUCUGAUGAGGGAUGAGUUGUAUGUCCCUUAUUCCGUCCCGCUAGGAUCAUCCUCAUUCUAUAUGCCAUCGUCUUUUCUCCUAACGAAUUUCCUCACGGAGAUCAAGGGACAUCAUAGUCAUAAAAAAUACUUGAGGACAGCGAAAACUUUAGCUUGGCCGAAGAAAUCCGACUUGUACCAAAAAUUUUCAUGGCUUAGAGUCUCGAAUUGGGCUCUUCACCGGAGUUCUAUUCCCUCUGUCGUGUCAUUGUAUAUUUUCGAAUCGAAUUAUCCAACCGCCAAGAGCCGGAGGGUGUCUCGGGCUCGGAGUGU